UAAAAAUAGUAAAGAAAAAUGAAUUCCCGAUAAUCUUAAAAUUUAGUUUUCGAAUAUCAAUAAUAUGAACCAAAAUAAAAAAUACUUCCCAAAUGAGCGAACACGAAUUUACCUAUAGAAGACUUUUGCCGACAAGCCGGAUGGUCGUCACUAUAAUGGCCUGUAUAUCCUUCAUGUCAGGUUUAUUCGCCGGUUACCUAUUCAUGACCACUUCUUCGGGCGUUUCUGAGGCAGUUAAAAUUGUUUGGACCACUGGAUCGGCCUUCUAUGCAUUUGUCUCGCUUUUGCUAAUAAUUGGAGUUUGGAAGCUAAUUAAAUGGCUGAUUUAUCCGUACAUGUGCCUGCUACUCAUGGCAAUCGCUGUCUACACGAUAAUCCUACAGUGGUUAUUCAAGAAUCUUCCGGUUGCCGUCCUCGUAUCCGUGGCUAUCAGCUUUAUAUUUCUGGGAGUGGCUUUGCACAUGACAAAAAGUCUGGAACAAAUUCGCAGAUAAAAUACCACCUAGCUUUAGGAAGUAUUCAAAAUUGUAAAGGUGGAAUUUUUGAUUUAUAUAAAAUUUGUAGUGUAAUUAAAGAGUGACAUAUUU